CACACACUAUUUGGACCUUUUGCCUCAAAGACACAAAACAACCAACAGCUAAUUUAUUUGAAGCCUCUGCUGUAGGCCUAUGUCAGAAUACAUUUAGUGUGCUGUGCCUUUAAAUCACACAUAAACUCCGUCCGCAUUGGAACCUUGCCAGUCUGAAACACACCCCCUCCAGGCAUCUCAUCAUAACUUUCAGUUUUCAUAGAAUAAGAAACUCCGAGUGGCAGAAGGAAUCUGUGUUUCACUUUAGGCGGCUGUUGUUGUUUGUCAUAUUGUGGUACAACAUACAAAAUAUCAAUAAAAACAGCAAGUUUACGGAUAACGUUCCUUGCGAGUAGAAACGAUGGACGUAGACCCAGAGGCUGAGGUUGCUGCUGGGGGUGAUGCCGACGAGACACCCAUGGAGGGGGACACCACGGAUGCCAAGCCUGACAGGAAAGGCAGAUUCCUGCUGUUUGGAAGUAAGAAGCAUAAGGAUGGCCAGGCUCGCGAGCAGGAGAACUCUGAAAGCCAUUACAGGAUCGUUUCACCCUCAUUCCAGUAUAAGAUGAGCCACAAGCACGUCGGCAAGUGCAUCAUCAUCAACAACAAGAACUUUGAUGAAAAGACAGGGAUGAAUGUACGUAACGGCACUGACCGGGACGCGGGCGAGCUCUUCAAGUGUUUUAAGACUCUGGGCUUCGACGUGUGUGUCUACAACGACCAGACAUGCGAGAAGAUGGAACGACUCAUGAAGGAGGCCUCUGAGGAGGACCACAGCGACAGCUCAUGCUUCGCCUGCAUCCUGCUGAGCCACGGCGAGGAGGGCAUGAUCUACGGCACGGAUGGAGCCAUGCCCAUCAAGAGCAUGACCUCGCUCUUCAGAGGAGACAUGUGCAAGAGCCUCGUGGGCAAACCCAAACUCUUCUUCAUCCAGGCUUGUCGGGGUUCUGAGUUCGACGACGGCAUCCAGACGGACUCGGGACCCCCCAACGACACCCUGGAGACCGACGCCAACCCCCGACACAAGAUCCCCGUGGAGGCAGACUUCCUGUUUGCCUACUCCACCGUGCCAGGCUACUACUCGUGGAGGAACCCGGGCCGUGGCUCCUGGUUCGUGCAGGCCCUGUGUAACGUCCUGAACGAAUUCGGCAAGCAGCUGGAGAUCAUGCAGAUCCUGACCCGGGUCAACUACAUGGUGGCCACCAGCUUUGAGUCCUGGUCUGAGGACCCGCGUUUCAGCGAGAAGAAGCAAAUACCCUGUGUGGUCUCCAUGCUGACGAAAGAGCUCUACUUCAACUGACGGUGGCUGUUGAGCGAGGCUCAUGGGGCGUGGUUACACGGAAACCCUUAAAGAUUUUGCCUUAAAAGCUGAUUGAUUAGGGCUCGUUGAUCUUACGUUUGAUUGCACAAAUAUCCUGAAGUGUUCGACUCCUGACAGAUGCCUGAAGGUUUUGUCUUCAGGAUGCAAAUGAAGAGAUUUUGUGCAGCAGCCUGAAGAACAUCACUUAACUGAGGACAUAAUGAGCCCUAAACUGUCAUGCAUAAGUUAAAAUGCUUAAGGCGUUCUGCACAACUGGGCCCGGGAUCCUCUUCAAAAAAGACCACUGCGGCUGCGACCAAACUGGACUCCAAACGCUACUGGUACCGGAAAGGGUAAAUGGAUCCUCAGUAGAACAGUACAGGGCUUGGACCAGCAGGGAGCAGUCUCAACAUUCAGGGAUGAUCCAGACAUGGCUGGAUGCUGGUUGUUUCUUUCUUAUUUUUUUAUUUCUGAAAUCUUUUUGUGCGUGAAAGCCAUUUUUUUCACGUGACGCCGGGCGCAACAAUGAACAAAAAAACAAAACAGCAAAAAAACAGACCUUAAGUUCUUUGACUCAACUCAAUGGAAGACACAGAAGAAUAGAUCCUCAGUGACAAUCCGUGUUCAUGUGUCGGUGGUGAUUCUUGCCUCCUUCAGGUCAUUCCCCUUGGGAAUAAUCACGUCACAUCUGAUACUUGUCCAACAAGCAGUGUGGAAUAUACAUGUUUAUUUUUUUCCUUGCAGUUAGCAAUUCAAACAACCCCCAUAGAGAGCUUGCUGUUUUAACGUGGGGAAUGGCAGGUGAGGAUUGGGAUGGAGAAUCGGUAUCAGUGUUUAAGGGGUGGGUUAUGGGGUACGGAUUUGGGGUAACAGGGACAUGGGGUAAGGUGUAUGUAGUACUGAUGCACCGAUUCCAUUUCAUGCCACCAAUCCAUGCCACCUUAGAUCAACAUCUUGACAUCUUGAAAACUUGUUCCAGUCAAUCGUUGCGUUGGAUCUUCAGCCAAGACCGACCUUCAAUUGAAAAGCUGAAA